UAAACGAGGUGCCAUAAUGCGGUCCCCGUGCACUAUAUAAAUGGAGUCACUAGGGUGAGGCAGUCACUGCGGACCCAUCUCGGUAAGCUUAUUGUAAGGAUGAUUUGCGCAUAUGUUCUAGCUUUAGGUUUCAUUUCCCUGGCACACGGAUGUAGUUGGAUUCCCAAAGUUGACCAGCAAGACUAUUGCUAUGCGACAUACGUUUUCGAGGCUGAAGUGAAAGAGACACCUACCUUGGAGUACUCAUAUUACAAACAUGAUAUAGCUGUCAAAAAGGCAUACAAGUUUGAUGGUAACAAAGAAGACGUCCUGGCCUUUAGAACUCUGUAUGGAGACGGACCAGGUUAUUCUUGUGGGGAAGAGAUUCUGACGAAAGGGAAAUCCUAUCUUAUAUACGCAAACAAAAGCGACGGUAAAUUACAUAUUAGCCAAUACAGAUCAAUGGAAAACGUCAACAACGCUGAUAUAGAACGGAUGACUACAAAAUACGACUGUAACUGUACGAUUGUAUUCAAUUACUCAAAACUGCUGGGUAACGGUCCGGGGAUUGAACUACCCCCGCCAACAAUGAACGAGUGUAAUGUUCCUACAAAGUACUGUUCACGGGGAGCCUACUGCAAACGUAACUCCGAUGGACAAUGUGCAUGGGGUACUCUCGGCGACUGCUAUUAAUAUCAAGAGGACAUUACAUCAUGAUUGUACACUAUGGUGAUUAAAUGAUCAAGAUGCUA